GCCAAGUCCAUGCCAGGGAAAAUGAGGCAAAAAUUUAACUUGCUCGGCAACUCUCAACACCCACAAUUAGAUUAACCAGGUACCAAUGUAAACCUUAUAAGGAAGUUUUACAUUUUCAAAAGUAAAUUUAGAUUGUGCUUCUUUGUUUCCAUUAAAUGCUACUAUUUGAAUCAUCUUGGGGCCAAAAUCAUCUUGAAAUAUCAGUUCAACUUUUCCUUUGUUUAUUUUGAUAUAACUGAGGUUAAACAUGUUUAAUUUUAAUAAACUAACUUACCAGAAUUGUCCGUCUAUUAUCAUUUUCCUUGUUAUCUGGUUAACAUUAUCAAAUUUCUGUCUGUGCUAUCGUUUAAGAUUCAAUAAUAAACUAGAGUGUCGAGAUAAGGUUCCAAGAAAACUGACUGAUUUGUCUAAUGUUGUCUUGACCGGAUUCAUUGAACAAACCUAUCCUUCGCUUGAUAAUGGUGAAAUUUACUCGGGAUCAGUGCUUGUUAAACGCGUUUUUCGUGGUCCAUCAAAAUUUCAAGGAAAUCGAGUGACAAUUGAUGGUCUUGGAGAUGCUUCAUAUUGCCAAUCAAAAGGACAGAGAGGGGAAUCUUGGAUUUUUCAAUUGUCUCAAAUAUCAGAUGGAUAUUUUCGCCUAAAUGGAACCCUAUUAAAGCUUAAUCUAGACAAUCUGGAUCGUAUAAAUGCUCUAGUUGAAGAUCAUAUCUACCGAAAAAGGCCAGAUAUCGUCGAGUUGCCAUGUGAGAAAAAAUAUUGUGAAAACAAUGGUGUUUGUAUUGAGGAGUCAUCUGGUUCAGUCAAUAGAGUCCGAUGUGUUUGCCUGGACUCUUGUCCAUCAACUUAUGAACCAGUUUGUGGAUCCAAUGGUGAAACAUUUGUAAAUGAAUGUAAAUUACGAAUGGAAUCUUGUAAACGAGCAAUCAAUCUAUUUGUCCGUUAUCCAAGUGCCUGUGAUUCAAGGAGGACUGUUAGAGAGGCUGAAACAAUUUACAAACCAUUGACCAACAUAUCAACUGAAUUGGUCGCAAUUUAUCGCGAAAAAAAUCUAUUUUAGAUUGAAUUAUACUUUUAACUUUGUAUUGUUUUCAACUCAACUACAGCAAUUGAAAUAUACCCAGAAACUAAUCAAUUAAAUACAUGUAAGGGCAAUUGUCAAAAAGGAGAAAGAGCAAAGGAAAAAUUCCUCAUCCUCUUUCUUGUCUCUGUCUUAUUCCACUUUCUUCUUUUCUUUUGUAACAAUGGGUUUAAGUUUUACCGUCAACAAGAUGGCUACAUUGAGGAUACUUUAGGCGAGGGAAAGAGUAGCGAGAAAAAGGAAAGAGGAAGUUAGUUGGAAGUAAUCGCUCAAUCCUUACAGUUAGCAAAUCUUGGUCUUCAAGACUGUGAAAUAAAUUUGGUUUUAAGUUAA